AGGUUAAAGUGCUAAAGCCAUUUCUGUACUAGUAUAAAUGUUCUCUUGUCCAGGUACCAGGGAGAAUGACAACCCUCCUUGCUCCCCCAUUCAUAUAUAAUAUUUUGUCUCAGAAGCAGUAAAAACUUAGCUCUUUUCUUACUAAAAGGGCUGAAACCAAACAGUCUAGUUCAGAAAUAAACUGUGUAUAAUUUCUCAAACGGAAUCUAUUCCAUAAGAGAGUGAUUUUUGGGUAGUGACCGAGUAAUGCUGUACUUGUGCCAUUCAUUGCACAUUUCACAUUUCUUUGCUUCAAGAUUAAGCACAUAAGCAAUUUUAACUUCUUAAAAAAUUUGCCUUCCAUGAUUGAUUUGGCGUACAAUUAUGCAAUGCAUUAACAAAUUUAAAUGUGAGCUGGGUGAAGCAGCACAUACCUGCCAUCCCAGCAUUUGGGAAGCUGAGGCAGGGGGAUCACUGUGAAUUGAACUACACAGUGAGACCCUGUUUCAAAAAAGACCCCCCCCCCAUUGAAGAUUUGGAAUAACUAGGAGAAUAAAAGAAGAAUUUCUCAUUGCUCAUUUAUUAAGUAGAAAUCAAAUUCUGAAACUGUUUUAAGAUGGGUAAAAAUGAGAUAUGGGCCAGAUUCCAAGCUAACCUGCUCAGUAUCUGUUUUCAGCACAGCUUCAGUUGUCCCUUAGGUGCCUAUGCACACUGGGUGAGAGUCCCGGCACCCAUUCAAAAUGGACAGCCAGGGGUACCAGUGCAGCAACCCCUGGGCUAAGGCAGCAGGCUCGAGGAUCGCCAGGUCCCUCCCCAGCGUGGGCUGAGUCACAUCCUCUUCCUGUGGGGCCAGGGGAGCUCCCAGCUGUACCGCACAGGGUGGUGACUGAGGGGAGACUGUUCCCCAAUUUUACAUGCCAUGGGGUGUUGAGAACUGGGACUCAGGUCAUUAAAAUGAGAGCCUUCAAGUUUGCAGCUGUUGGACUGCUUCUGAUGCCUGCCUUUUGUCAAGAUGGCAAGGAAAACGACACCCUGGCAACACCAACCUCAACUAUUAAGACUCUCCAUGGAGCUCCCCCAAAUUCUUCUGUAGACUUCCCCCUUUCUGCCAGAGAAGGCUGGACAGGAGCCAACAUAACUGCAAAAAUGAAGUGUCUUGAAGGAAAUGUUUCAAAUCUGCAUGUGAGUAAUGCUACCAUAGGGUACCUGAGCAGUUUCUUAAGUUCCAAGGUGAUGCCCACCAUCUAUCUGCUGGUGUUUGUGGUUGGUCUGCCGGCCAAUGCUGUGACCCUGUGGAAAGUUUUCUUCAAGACCACCUCCAUCGCCAUCUUCCAUGCUAACCUGGCUAUUGCAGAUACUCUCUUCUGCAUGACACUGCCAUUUAAAGUAGCUUACCACCUCACUGGGAACCACUGGGUAUUUGGAGAGGUCAUGUGCUGGGCCAUUACGGUAAUCUUCUAUGGCAACAUGUACUGCUCUAUUCUGCUCCUCACCUGCAUGAGCAUCAACCGGUACCUGGCCAUCAUCCACCCUUUCAUGUUCCGGAGGCUGUCCAAGUGCACCUUUGCUUCGCUAGCAUGUGGACUGGUGUGGGCAACAGUCUUCUUAUACAUGCUGCCAUUGUUCAUCCAUAGGCAGAGGGAUUAUCUUGUUCAGCCAAAUAGCACCUGCCCUGAUGUCCACAGCACAUGUGAGUCUUCAUCUCCUUUCCACCGCUACCACUUCAUCGCCUUGACUGUCUUUGGAUUCUUGAUUCCACUUGUGAUUAUUAUUUACUGCUACACAAACAUCAUCUGCCAACUUAAUGUACAUGAUCCUAAGCUGCUGAGGUAUAUCAAGGCAAUUCUCCUUAUCCUUGUGGUUUUUACCAUUUGUUUUGUUCCAAGCAAUAUUAUAUUUAUCAUUUACCAUGCUAACUACUAUUCCAACAACAGUAAAGGCUUGUAUGUUAUCUAUCUUGUAGGGUUGUGCCUAGGUAGCCUGAAUAGCUGCCUAAAUCCAUUCCUUUAUUUUCUCAUGUCAAAAGUCACAGAGCAGUUGAGAAUGUAGCUCAGUGACAGAGUGCUUUCUUCACACAGGUGGGGCCCUGGGUUUAACCCCCAGUACUGUGGGGGAGGGCACGGGAGAGGGAGAGGCCUGGGUAAAGUUUUUUUUAAUCUAAAAGCUAAAAUAGACAGAAAGGUAAGGGAGAAAAUUCACAUGCAAGGGAAAAAUUGUACAUCGGUCCACUUUUUAUCUCUCAAUGGUGAGCAUAUCUUCGAGAAGAAAGAAAACUGUGGAAAACAUGCAUGCUAGGAUAACAUACGUAGCGCAAGGACUUUUGUUCUCUAGCUCCACUGUUGAGUUCCUAAGAAACAGUGCUUCAAAUAUUAAAUAUAUAAAAGCUUUAAAUACUUUAUCAGUAUUUGAAGAAUGCCAAUGCAGGAGAAAAUUUAUCACUAUUUUCUUUAUAGCAAUGGACAUAUUUCAUUGGCCUUAUUGGUACUUCAAGAUCUUAAAUUUCUUCUUUCCUUAACCUGUGAGUGUUGCCACCUUGGAAUUCAACGUCAUUUUUGGGUCUUCUGAUGGCUGCCUCACCUGUUGAUUGUUCUUUGCAAAAUGCCUCACAGGGUUCUUUAAAACCCUCACUAGCUUAUAUCACUGUCCUUGGUCUUUGAUGUUCAUUCAUUCUGUGAAGAUGUCACCCUUCAAAACCUUUAAUGGUGCAUACCUUGGAACAAGCUUUGCUAUACACCAAUAAUGCCAGCAAUAUAAUUGCCUUCUGUUACUUUCCAAGGCCAAACCCUGGCCAACGCAAGGCACAGAAAUGCUGCACUAUGAAUAUACUGCCAAUGUUCCGGAAUCAAAACAGCAGCAGUUAAAAAGAAAACUAAGACUCAGCCAAACAAAUAACAGAAUCAUAUAUUUCUAAGGAAAAAGAUUAGAUUGAGAACUAUUUAAAAACCACAACUUAACCAAAUCUGAGGCAUCAGAAUUAGUGUUUCAAAUCAGUUAGCCAUGCUCAAUAGAGUUUAAGCCCCUAGAUUUACAGGUCAAAAGUGGUUUGAUUCUUGAGCUAGCUCCAAGGUACCUGGCUCCAUAUGUAAAAUUCAGAAUGUUACACACCAUUCCACACAUAGGUAACUGCCCAACCCAUGGCUGCCACAGGUGGGGUCCCAUGGGCUGCCAUCUUGAUUCAAAGACUUCAACUGGAAAACUUAGGAAGGGACCCAUGAUGCCUGCCUAUGAAAGGCCAUGGUCCUGUGGAGUCAGGCUUAGCUCAACACGUAUGUAGACAGAGCAGACCCUGUGUCAUACAAAGACUUGGUAUAUAGACAUCAUUUACCCCUAAAUACCCACAAUAAAUUAGCUAUGUAAUUUAAGCAGUUGUUUUGGUGCCAGGUUCCAUGUAAAUGCUAUAGACACAAACAUACAAAUGUACACACACACAUACAUAUAUAAAAUGGUACAAUGGUUUAUUAUAUAUAUAUGUAUUCUCAUUUGACCGUCACUAUAAUCCUAUAAGGCAGGUGUUAUUAUUCCUAUUUUUCAUACAUAAAAAUAAUUAUAUAGACAUGUGACUAGACCAAGAUCACACAGCCAGUACCCAAGUGGUGCUUAUCUCCAAAGUAAGUAACUUCCUCUGUCAACACUGAUAAUUUUUCCAUAUAGCAUGGAUAUGGCCACCUUGGCAGGCACUGCGAGGAGCAGGCCAUUCUCCUCCCUGUGGGUGUGGGGCCAUGAGGCUUGGGUGUGGGCCUUCGCUGUCCCAUUGUCUGGCUGUCUCUCACCCUGGCAUUCAUCCUGAGCCCUAGGCACACCCACAUCAGGGGAGAGAGCUUCCAGCCUGCACUGCGGAAGUGUGAGCAUUUGGGAGCACCCGGGGGAGGGCAGUGCCACCACCAGAGUGGCAGCGGGCUCCGCCUUGGCCACUGUUCCCACCACCUUCAGUGUGUCAGCUUAGGAGUGUGGAGUGAACAGGGUUUACAUUGGUCUUUAAAAGUUUAGAAACACCAACUUUACUAGACAUUUGUCUAAAAAAAUUAAAAAUCCAAAUGACAGAAAAACACAGAAUGAAAAAGAAAGCUCCCAUCUACCCCAGACUUCUAGAUCAAUUUCCAGAAGCUUCUCCUUCCAGAACUACUUUAUGCGCAUGUAAGUGUGCAUGUCUCCCCUGUCCUGGGCAUGCAUUUCCUGUUUUUAUGUGCAUAGGAGCAUGUGUUUUUUCCUUUACAACAUUUAGGUCAUUUUUAAUUUUUGCUACUGCAAACAAAGCUGCAAUAAACAUCCCUUAAUAAUCCAUGAUUCUGAAUCACACAGACAUGGUCGUAGUCCCAGAAGUAAUCACCUUUGGGUGGAUUUGGUUAUUUAAUCCUAAUUAUUUAAUUAUUAAUCCUAAAUUAUUUAACCCUAAUUUCAUUACCUGUAAGAUCGCGGUAGUGAUGGUGAAAUGCCUUGGGGGCUGUUAUGAAUUGCUAUAAUGAUUAAAUGAGAUAGCUGUAUAAAAUACCCACUAUCAUGCCUGGAAAAGAAAAGGUGCUCAAUAAAUACUUGCUCAAACCA